AGCAAUAUUCAUAGGCUGCACCGCUGGAGGAAGAAGACCAUGGCUGAGUAUCGCUGAGUAUUUAAUGCGUAAAAUGCGACAGGAAAUAAUACUAAUCCGCCAAUUUAGUGUAGUGUAAUAUUGUUGCCUGUUCAGUUGCAGUCAUCUUGGCUGUUAUGUUCCACAGUGAUGGAGCACAUCCGACUGCCUAAGGUUGAGAAUGUCAGACUGAUUGACAAAAUCUCCUCCAGAAGAGCCUCGGUGGGCACUUUGUACCUGACAGCCACUCACACCAUCUUUGUGGAGAAUGAGACUGAGAUCCGUACAGAAACAUGGGUUCUGCACAGUUUAGUGUGCAGUGUGGAGAAACAAGCUACAACCACCACAGGAAGUCCUCUGCUCGUCCACUGUAAGAACUACCAGGCCCUCCGAUUUAUCAUCCCCCAGGAAAGGGACUGCCAUGAUGUGCACGUCUCCCUGCUGCGCCUCUCCCGACCAGAGCGAUAUGAGGAGCUGUACUGCUUUUCCUUUCAUUCUAACAGUGACAAGGAGGUGAGAGGACAGGCCUGGGACUUUCUCAGCCUCAAGGAUGAGUACAGUAGAAUGGGCGUUCCCAACCACCUCUGGAUUCUAUCCCCAGUUAACCGCGACUACAAGGUGAGUGACACUUAUCCUGCUGAGCUGUAUGUGCCAAAAUCAGCCACCCACCCAGUCAUUGUUGGGAGUUCCAAAUUCCGAAGCCGAGGUCGAUUUCCCACGUUGUCAUACUACUGCAAAGAAAACCAUGCUGCCAUCUGUCGUAGCAGUCAGCCCCUGUCUGGCUUCAGUGCCCGCUGCCUGGAGGAUGAGCAGAUGCUGGAGGCCAUUGUGAGGUCCAACCCCCGUAGUGACUUCAUGUAUGUGGUGGACACCAGGCCCAAGCUUAAUGCAAUAGCAAACCGAGCAGCAGGGAAAGGCUAUGAAAACGAAGACAACUACUCCAACAUCAAGUUUCAGUUCAUAGGCAUUGAGAACAUCCAUGUGAUGAGGAACAGCCUCCAGAAAAUGCUAGAAGUGAGUGAGGCAUGGUCCCCCUCCAUGUCAGAGUUCCUGGAGGGUCUGGAAAGCUCAGGCUGGCUAAAACACAUCAAAGCUGUCCUGGAUGCUGGCAUCUUCAUCGCCAAGGCCGUUGCAGAGGAUGGCGUCAGUGUCUUGGUCCACUGCUCAGACGGUUGGGAUCGUACUGCUCAGGUGUGCUCUGUGGCCUCCGUGCUCCUGGACCCCUACUACAGGACUCUCAAAGGACUCAUGGUUCUCAUUGAAAGAGACUGGGUUUCCUUUGGACACAAGUUCUCUCACAGAUACAACCACCUGGAUGGAGACCCCAAGGAGGUGUCCCCGGUCAUAGACCAGUUCCUGGAGUGUGUGUGGCAGCUGUCGGAGCAGUUCCCCUGUGCCUUCGAGUACAACGAGAGGUUCCUCAUCACCAUCCACAACCACAUCUACUCCUGCCAGUACGGAAACUUCAUAGGCAAUAACCAGAAGGAGAGGACGGAGCUUAGGCAUCAGGAGAAGACCCAUUCUCUGUGGACCUACUUGUGGGAGAACAGGACUGACCACAUCAACCCCCUGUACAGACCUGACCACAGCCAGACUCAGGGGGUUCUGCGCCCAGUUACCGCCCCCUACUGUUUUAAGUUCUGGAGGGCCUUAUACAACCGUUUUGACAGAGGCAUGCAUCCUCGCCAGUCUGUGAUAGACUACCUGAUGGCCAUCAGAGAGGAGACACAGCAGCUGGAGGAGCAGCUUGUCUCCCACGAGGAGAAAAUAGCCAUGUUGGAGAAGGAGCAGGGGAAGAGCAUCCAGACAAAAACUAACACGUUGGAUAGGAGCCACGCUGUGUGGGCCUCUCCCCCCUCAGAGAGCUGCCUGGGUUUGGCCAACACCCCAGGGGACUACAGCGGACUGGGAGACUUCCUCAGUUCAUCACCCUGCCAGCAGAUGGGGCCAGAGAGCAGUCUUCUGAUCCUCCCCCGACCAGGGGAGCGCCGCAAACCGUCCGACCCAGACCUCUCCACCAACAGUGAUGACCAGGAGUCGGGCAUAGCAGACCUCAGCUCCCCGCCAAGUGAGGACAGUGCCAAGGACCCUGAUGAGGCUGCCUACUCUGCUGCCUGAGCAGUAGUGACAUUAAUGUUGUCAGAGGGAAGAGAGGUGCACUUUAAUGGGCAAUUGCGCAAUGGGUAUUAUAAACUGACUAACUGUUGGGAAUGAUUAGUCAGUGAAAUGACAAGUGUAUCUGAUCUGUAUGUGUGUUAUUUGUGUAGAGUUUUUACUUUUCAUGUGGUUUAUGGUAUUCCAUACUUAAGAAGAAAUGAAUGGAUUUCGUCAGAGGCUUUACAACUAAAUAAAAUAUUUAAUGUUAUAUAUUUAUGCAAAUGUGUAAUAUGAUAAUAAUAUAUUUAAAAAUUCAAUUUGGACUAAAAAUCUUUCAAGUGCACUGUAAACCAAAACAUGAUAUCAAAUGCCAAAUGUGUCAUUAUACUCAUGCAGUAAACCUCUCCUAAUUUAGUGUAGUUUUAUAACCAAAGCCAGUCCAUCUGGUUCACUGGGCUCAUUGUGCAUGCUGUAACUCACGAAGCUACUGAACCAACCCAGCAGGCUGUAGCAUGUGGAGAUAUUGGCAUGCUAGUACUAGGGGAUGGACACACAGGGAGGAGAGUAGCUUUGUGCAUCUCACCCAACAGAAUGAUCACAAUUCUGUUCAAACAGCUUAGGUUUCACUGUCAAAGCACAGGUACUGAAUGUCUUGUGGAAUAAUAUCUACUGCUAUUGUAAGCAUUGCAUGUUGUUUUAUUUGUAUAAAGAAUAUACAUAAUAUGUCCUAUCUAUAUCCUAUUUCAAAGGAAUAUUACAACAUAAAUAUUUAUUUUUAUUUAAUUAAUUUGUAAAUGAAUUGAUUUGAUUGUGUUAAAAGUUCACUAGAAAAGACCACUAAAGCUAUAAGAGGACUUGUGCAUUAAAUAAAGAUUGAACAUUCUUGGGA